CCCAUACAGCCACCGCCAUAAAAGGAUUGAGAGUACGUGACGGGCAAUAAAUGAUGCUCCCCCGGGAGAAACAUUCGUCCCAACCAUGAGCUCCACACACGCAGACUUGCUCAACUUAUCAAGCGAUGCGGCGCUGAGACUGGGGUGUGAUAACACGACCGAGUCGAUGAACGAAUCAAUCGCCAAUGCGGACUGUCUGGAUCACGCACCAACAUUGACAACUCACGCAUACGUAAAGGCAAUAGUCCUCGGUGUUAUGGGUGUAUUCAGUCUGAUCGCUAAUUCAGCCACUAUUUGGUCGAUAACGAGAAAUCGACGGAAGCAUCAGGGCUGCUCAGCAGUUUACACCCUGAUUCUGCACUUGUCCGUGGCUGAUCUAUUUGUAUCGGUGUUUUGCCUCAUCGGAGACGCCGUGUGGAGCUACAGCGUUGACUGGCCCUGGGGAAAUGCCACCUGCAAAUUAUUCAAAUUCUUGCAGAUGUUCAGUCUCUAUCUGAGCACCUUUGUGCUGGUGCUCAUUGGGGUCGACAGAUUCAUCGCCGUUCGAUAUCCAAUGAAGAGCCUGAACACCGCCCAACGCUGCAACCGACUCGUGGUAUUCACGUGGAUUCUGUCCUUCGUGCUCAGCAUUCCUCAACUGGUAAUUUUCCACGUAUCACGCGGGCCCUUUAUCGAGGAGUUUACCCAAUGUGUAACUCAUGGAUUCUACACUGAGCCCUGGCAGGAGCAGCUUUACACAACUCUGAGCUUAAUUUUCAUGUUUAUCUUGCCUCUUGCAAUAUUAAUUUCUACUUAUGUGUCGACAGUUAUCACAAUUGCCCGAAGUGAGAAGGCAUUCAAGACAGGACUGGUUAACAAUAACACGAUAAAUCAACUCACUGGGGACGUGAACCGGCGAAGACUUAUGCACCGAGCCAAGAGCAAAUCUCUGCGAAUAAGCAUCGUGAUCGUUGCGGCAUUCGUCAUUUGGUGGAUGCCUUACUACAGCAUGAUGGUUAUAUUCAUCUUCCUGAAUCCCGAUGAACAUCUGAGCGAGGAUUUGCAGAACGGAAUAUUCUUCUUCGGCAUGUCGAACAGUCUGGUUAAUCCACUUAUAUAUGGAGCGUUUCAUCUGUGGCCCAAGAGACGACGUCCGGGAAGCAGACACAGAGACGGUUCGACCAUGCAGCACCACAGUACGACAACCCACGCGAGUUUUAUGGCUGCCACACGGGGCGGUAGUACACGUGUCACGCGAAGCAACCCCCCAAGAUGGGUCGAGACCAACAUGCAAGGAAAUUCUCAUGCAGCUGAUCAAGCAGUAUUACUGAACCACGCGGACGGCUCUGGGAGCGGCGACGAGAAGAACGGCAGUCAAACAGCCAAACUCAUACUACAGUACAAUGUCGAUAAUCACGAAUUCAGAAAAAAAGUGAUUGAUGGUCGUUGAGCGGCCUCAGUGUUAGCGAGAUGGGCCAGGUGUUUUUUUAACAUUCAAGGAAUCUGGUGUCAUUGCUCCAUUCAUCUUCAUUCGCCAUGACAGCAUCGCACUCAGACUUUGAUCCAUCCUCAAAUUCGUCAUAUCUACCUCAGAUUUCCAUUUCAGGAUUUUUUUUUGUAUUUUGAUUGUAGACUACACUGUUGAAGGUUUCCGAGAGGAACUUUUAAGGAAUUUUUAAUUGAUUAUUGAGCAUUGAGUAUUGACUGAUUCUCCCAUUUAUCUAUUGUUCCACUAAUAGGGGAGCUGGUGCCUGUACCGUCCAGCGGGUCAAAAAAAUUUUUUUUCUUUUUUAUUAUGCAAAUAUUUGAUAACAACGAGUA